GAGAAAGAGAGAGCAGUAGAAAUCACUCGGGAAGGGACCAGGAGAGCCCUACGGAGACAUCAUGAAACCCCGGUCCCGUUCUUCAAGGACUUGAAAGGCUGGGAAAAAUACCCUUCCCCAGCUUUGAUGAAGAUUGAUAAGUGAAGCCCUGCCCUCCCCGUGUUCCCUUCAGUCAGUUCUGGGUGCUCUUCGUGGAGAAACAGCAUUUUGUUGAAUUGUCUGCGAUCCCCGCUUCCACUUGGCACUGGCUUUUUGGCGGCAAGAAGGUUCCCUGAAGAUUGAUAUCAAAUGACGUCCAUGGCCAGCCUGUUCUCUUUUACUAGCCCAGCCGUGAAGCGCUUAUUGGGCUGGAAACAAGGCGACGAAGAGGAGAAAUGGGCAGAGAAAGCUGUCGAUGCCCUGGUGAAAAAGUUAAAAAAGAAGAAGGGCGCCAUGGAGGAGCUGGAGAAAGCCUUGAGCAGCCCCGGGCAGCCCAGCAAAUGCGUGACCAUUCCUCGCUCCCUUGAUGGGCGCCUUCAGGUUUCCCACCGAAAGGGCCUGCCCCAUGUUAUCUACUGCCGGGUUUGGCGCUGGCCAGAUUUGCAGAGCCACCAUGAGCUGAAACCAUUAGAUAUGUGUGAAUUUCCCUUUGGGUCUAAGCAGAAGGAAGUGUGUAUUAAUCCGUACCACUACAAGAGAGUGGAGAGUCCAGUCUUGCCUCCGGUAUUGGUGCCCAGGCAUAGCGAGUUCAAUCCGCAACACAGCCUUCUGGUCCAGUUCAGGAAUCUAAGCCACAAUGAACCCCACAUGCCACAGAACGCCACGUUUCCAGACUCCUUCCAGCAGCCCAACAACACUCCCUUUCCCCUGUCUCCCAAUAGCCCUUAUCCUCCCUCACCAGCCAGCAGCACGUACCCCAGCUCACCAGCCAGCUCGGGGCCGGCAAGCCCGUUUCAGCUUCCAGCCGAUACUCCUCCCCCCGCGUAUAUGCCUCCCGAUGACCAGAUGGGGCAAGAUAAUUCUCAGUCAAUGGAAACAAGCAGUAGUAUGAUUCCACAAAUUAUGCCAAAUAUAGCUAACAGAGAUGUCCAGCCUGUGGCCUAUGAAGAGCCCAAGCACUGGUGUUCGAUCGUCUAUUAUGAAUUAAAUAAUCGUGUGGGCGAGGCCUUUCACACAUCUUCAACCAGCGUCCUAGUGGAUGGGUUCACGGACCCUUCGAACAACAAAAGUAGAUUCUGCUUAGGUUUGUUGUCCAAUGUCAAUCGCAAUUCCACGAUUGAGAAUACCCGGCGACACAUCGGGAAAGGGGUUCAUCUUUAUUAUGUUGGUGGGGAAGUUUAUGCUGAGUGCUUGAGUGACAGCAGCAUAUUUGUUCAGAGUAGAAACUGCAACUACCAUCAUGGUUUUCACCCUACCACUGUGUGCAAGAUUCCUAGUGGCUGCAGCCUAAAGAUAUUUAACAAUCAGGAGUUUGCUCAGCUUCUGGCACAGUCUGUCAACCACGGAUUUGAGGCAGUGUAUGAGCUCACCAAAAUGUGCACCAUUCGCAUGAGUUUUGUGAAGGGUUGGGGUGCUGAAUACCAUCGGCAAGAUGUAACGAGUACUCCGUGUUGGAUUGAAAUCCAUCUUCACGGGCCCCUGCAGUGGCUGGAUAAAGUACUGACACAGAUGGGCUCUCCUCUUAACCCCAUCUCUUCUGUUUCCUAGUGCCGCCAAAAGUGUCUUCUCUGACUCUUUCGUUAGCGAACUCAUUUUAAUUUUAGAAAAACUUUCAGCAUGGAUGCUGUCAGCUGCUCCACAGAGAACAAAGUGAAAUGGUUUUCACUGGGUUUUUUUUCCCACCUUGCUGUGACCAAUUCAUUUGUAUUUUGUGAUGGAUCUGCAUUUCUUUGUCCAUUCUCAUGGUGUUAUAUGGUGGGAGUUGAGUGCUAGCCACGCUCAAAAAAAUGCAGAGCAAGUACUUUUUCCCUUCAAUUUAAACUAUUUAAUCUGGCAUUCAUUUUCAACUGAAAGAGAGAAUAAAAAGUACUGAAGAUACUGGCGCCUCGGGACCUAAUGUGGAUAUUUUUAGAAAUCAUAAACACUGCAUUUUUUCACAAUAUUGGGUGCAGUUCAAGCUUGUGAAUAGUUUGUUUACCUGAUUGAUACAUUUUAGAUGGUCAAAAUCCACUUUGCAUUUUACAGUUCAAUGUUCACCUCAUAAUAAUGUGACAUGUAUCUAUCUUUUCCCAUAGAUUUUUUUAUGUUAUUACACACAGGAAUUGACAUUAAGUAUUUGGCAUCAUCUAUGGAUAAGUGCAUUCACGAACACAAUACCAUAGCCCGGGAUCACAGUUCCAGCCCUUGCUGUGCUUUGCAACGUUGCCUUUUGGCCACCAUUUUACGGACUGUAAUUUUGACUUGAGAUGACCUUAUUUUGCACUUUUGUGGGUGAAAAAAUCUUGUUCCGUCUUGACAACCAGCCCUAGUGCUUCUCCUUUUGGUACCCCCUUUUUUGUAUUGGUAUAAACACUACAAUUUGUCGAGGACAAUACAUACUUAAGUUGCAAGAGCCUUGGUUUUCUCGACCUAAUUGUUCUUUUCAACCUAAAUUAUAAGGUCGCUGUGCAUUUGAUCCAACUCCUUGUGCCUUUUGGCUCAGUCCGGUUCAUUACCCAGGAUCAAUGUCGCGGCGCUUGGCGUUUGCUUAUAUUGCCCCUGGCACAGGCUCAGUCUGCCUCUGGUGCAGAGCUCAGACUGGGUAGCAGUUGAAUGGUUUAAUAGUGGAGCAGGAUCCCAUGGUUGAGGAUUUCUGUCUGAUGCUCACCGAAAUUGACAGUGUGGCUGAAUCUGUCCCGCAUCUCCCUCUGAUUCCUUCCCCCCAAGUCUAAUGCCUAUGUGGGCACCACAUAGCUGUUUCCGUGAGUAGCCCGUUGAGGCGAAUGAGAGAUUAAAACACAAAAACACUAGUAUUUAUUGAAAAGUCAUGUAGUUAGCUAUUGGAAUCCUAGGAUAAAGAACUCUUGGGAAGUUUUCUUUAGGGAAUUUGGGGAAAAUGUGUGCUUAAUGUGGUCAUCCCUGCAUCACAUGGUACAUGGAAGAGCAGUUUUUUUAAAAAAGAAAAAAACCCUUGAAACUUGUUUACGUGUCAUGAGAUUAUCCAUUAGCAAAUGCCUUAAAUCUUUUUGAACUGACACUUUUGGGAGCUGUAAAGCUCUUUUGUAUAGAAAUAACUAUUUUGACACGCUAUAUUACAGGUUGAUUUUUUUUCUCCUCUUUUGUCUUUUGAGAGAAAAGUCCACUUUUGAGGAAAGGGGAGGUGGUUCCUCUUUUUGUCUUUUCCGUGCCAUUAUUUAUUGCUUUUAUGAAUUGCUGCCCUUGGAUGGUUUGGUAUCAUUCCGUUGAAGAGAGAGGCCACACAAAUUCUAGCUGGAACCUGAAACUGUAGCUUUCCCUGCACAGUUGGAGCAUUUCUCAACUUUGAUAUUUACAGAGCUCAUUCCUUCUCCCCUGUGGGACUAAAUCUUCCAAAGUAGCAGUUUCUCUUCAGCCUUUGGGCAUUACCUAAAGCUGUGUCUUUCUAGUGAGCCAGCUCCCAAGAAAAAUGGCUGGUAAAAACCCAGGGUUAAAAUCAGAUGAGACUCAGCUCAACAAGGGAGGGGCGUGGUUUUAAUUAUGUGAACAGCGGGUAGUUGAUGGCCUUAGUGGUUUAUGGCUAUUCUGAAUUUUACUGCUAGUUUGAGUAGGCAGAUUCAGAAAUUAUUAGGAGUUGGCCAUCAUUCUGUAUAUGGUAGCGUUUGGCCCUAUGAACUGUGGGUUACCCGUCAGAGUCAAAGAAUAGAUAUCCAGUUUGCAAGGCUGAACAGGGAGACCAGGUCUGAACCAUUUCACUCCCAGAUUGGGUCUUUUUUUUUUUUUUACCGUUCUUUUUAGCUAAAAUGCUACGAGGGAAGAUCUGUCUGACCAGCAUGAGGCGUUCUGGCUUCCGGAAGCCACGAGGUCGAAAGGAGCAGCUGUGCGCGUGCCUGUGGGGUCAGAUCCUGGGAGUGCGAGGGCAUGAGUGUUUUCUAACGUGGACUUUCGUGGCAAUGGAAACUGUAUGCAGGUUCUGGGGAAGCUGGGUGUAGUGCCAGUUGGGCCCUGCACGUGUCCAGAGCUUCUUCCCAUCCCCCAAAAUCCAGUGACUUUUUCAGAGACGACGCUGUCGUCCACGUCCCGAUUUGUGUAGGGGGUUUUAACUCCUGUUCGGACCAACUCUGGGGGUAGCUCCUGCCCAGCGGUGAAACCGGAGAGGAAAGUUCUUUGCUGCCGGCCCUGGCGGUCCACCUUCUACCCAUCUGGUGUCGUUCCAUCUCAUUAAUUGAGUCUUAGCAGUGGAUAAGAAAACAUUCAAUGCGUACCAGCCUUUCUCCACGCAUGUUGUAAAAGCAACGUGAUCCCCAGGCAUUCAUUUUGUUCUACCCUCUUAUAAAGUUCAAUCAUAUUUAUUGAGCGCUUACUGUGUGCAGAGCACUGUACUAAGCGCUUGGGAAGUACAAGUCGGCAACAAGUUGGUGGAAUUUGGUGAUCUUUCAUCAGUUGAAUAAGCUUCCAUAGGGCCAAACCCUUUGUACUUGUCACAAGGUUUUCACAAGGGGGCUUGACCUCUCCAAAUCCACAGAAUAUUCUUUUUUUCUUUGUUCAAACAGUCCUUCCGAUUUUCACAAGUGCAGAGAGCUUGUCCCUUCCCUUCCAUGGUCGGCAUUCUUUUAGGGAUUUUUAUGUGAGUGCCUUUUGAUUUAAGAAACAAGAAAACUAGCUGAAGAUGGACUCAAAAGGGUGAAAUAUUGACAGUGGUUAAAAAUUCCCAUUUGAAAGGCCUUUAAACAAACUAACAUCAUUUUGAGUCCCACAGCCAUGAUGUGAUCGUUUUUUUUUAACUCCAGUAAAUAUUAAAAAAUUUUAAAUUUCUUUUUUAAGUUGAUGCAGUUGCAGUCAAAGAUUGAGGAUGUGUGGGUAUAUGUUUGUGCUUUUUUCUUUUUUGUCAAAGGAGACUAUUUGGGAUGCAAAAAUCGACAAAAGACCAAACCAUCGGCAUAAAAUAAAAACGCUCUAUUGUGCUGCACCAUAAACCUGCUUUAUGUUUCUAUCGCACGCAGAAUCAUUAUGCUUCUGUUUACAUUAUAGGAAACAUGGUUUUAGCAACGUUUCAUUUGUUUAUCUGUUUGUUCCCUGUAAAAUGUAUUUGGUUUUGCUGUAUUGUGCUUUGUCAGAGCAGUAACCUUAUAAUAUUUUUGCAUUUUACUACCCAUAUUUCAAUAAACCCUUGGUUCCC